AUGGAAAGCUGGUGGCGGCUGAGCCACCUGUUUGUGACGGUGUUUCUGUCGAACAUCUCCGAGCAGCUGCUGCAUCCGGCGAUCCCCGACGUCACAAUGGCGGCGGUUUGUCCCGGAAAAGACGAGUGCUCCGCCGCCAUCUACCUCACCGGCUUCCAACAGGCGAUUGCAGGCAUAGGUUCUGUGAUCAUGAUGCCGGUUAUUGGGAACCUCUCGGAUGCUUAUGGCAGAAAAAUAAUUUUGGCAAUUCCUUUGACUCUUUCCAUAAUUCCAUCGGUUGUGCUAGCGUGGAAGAGGACAACAAACUUCUUUUACGUGUACUAUGCCAUCAAGACCGUAACGUCCAUGGUUACUCAAGGAGGGAUUUCAUGCCUUGCUCUUGCGUAUUUGGCAGAUAAUGUCUCGGAGAGCAAUCGUGCCCCUGCAUUUGGGAUCCUUCAAGGUGUAACUUCUGCUGCAUUUCUUGGCGGUACAUUCGCUGCUCGCCUACUCUCCACUACUCAGAUAUUUCAGGUGGCAGCAGCUGUAUCUAUUCUUGCCACUGUAUAUAUGGGAGUUUUUCUAAAGGAAAAACCUCUGAAAACCGAAGCUCUUGAGCAGCCCAUCUUGAGCUUCGCUGAAAUUGAGGAGGACAGUUGUAUAGCACCGAAAAAGAAAGAACUCAUCGGGAAAAUUCCAUCUCCCAUGGAUAUAUAUCGGUUGCUAAAGAGUAGCGUGACAUUUUCAUUAGCAGCAUGUGUCACUUUCUUCAAUAGCCUUGCAGAAGCUGGCCUUGAUGCUUGUUUAAUGUAUUUUCUGAAGGCUCGAUUUCACUUCAUGAAAGAUCAAUUCGCAGAUGUGCUUCUCAUUGCGUAUAUUGGAGCAACUAUAUCAAACAUGGUCUUCAUGCCCACGCUGGGUCCCAUAAUUGGAGAGGAGAAAUUGUUGUCGUUGGGACUCUUUGCUGGAUUUUUAAAUAUGUUCUUCGACAGCAUUGCUUGGGCUGCCUGGGUGCCAUAUGCUUCUGCUUCACUGGGUGUUUUCCUCUUCCUUUCGAGCCCAAAUCUAAGAAGCAUUGUAUCGAAACAAGUUGGGCCUAGUGAACAGGGACUUGCACAAGGAUGCAUUUUGAGUAUAACAGCAUUUGCAAAUGUGAUCUCUCCAUUAAUUUAUAGUCCUCUUUCAGCUUUAGUUCUGUCUGAGGACGCGCCAUUUCAUUUCCAAGGUUUCAGCAUCCUAUGUGUCGGGCUUGCUUGGCUUGUCGGGUUCUUUCUGAGUUUAAUAAUCCCAUUCUUAUCAAGAAAAAAAAUUCAGCAAUGA